CUGCUUGUCCUCUCUGAAUGAAAUAAAGGAUGGCAAAGAGCCUGGGCAGUGUGACUGGUGUUUUGCCUGGUGCUGUGGUGGUCGUGUGUUGUGUUUUGAACUGAGGGGGAGGAGACAGAAGCAUGAGCAGCACAUCAGCAUCUGAAUGAAGCAUGUAACCCGUUUGAAAGCAGUGCGAGACUGGGCACACAGGGUAAACAACACCGCCACCAUCUUACUACUGUUCAUAUGCUUUUCUCUUCAAUGGACGGACUAUUUUUCAACCCGCAGAUGAUGGCGGACGUCAAUGGCAACAGUAAGAUGAUGAACGCAGAACUGGAGGUGAAAAAGCUCCAAGAGCUCGUGAGAAAACUGGAGAGGCAGAACGAGCAGCUCAGGACGAGAGCAAACGCUGCGAACAACUGCACCCUCAGCGCCCGUGGGUUACAAGCUCCGGCGUCGGCCUGCCCAGACACCGGGAAUCACUGCGCUUCACCCUCAUAUUCUCCGUCUUUUGGACUGUCGGAUGAGCACUACCCGUAUUUUCAUCCGCAGUCAGUGACUGGUGCUGAUGAGGAUGAUGCCACUGUACUGGAUGAGGUGGAAAUAUUAGACCUUCAUGUUGUUCUUUCCAUCGAUGGAGAGUCUGAUUAUAGCUGGUUGUACGUGUCUUCAAAAGCAAAGCUGUUUCCUCAUCUUCUCCUCAGUCCUCUUCAGUGGUGUAGACAUGUGCUGGACAACCCCAGACCAGAGGUGGAGUUAGCCAAACGCUCCUUGUGCUACAAACUGGACCAAGCCAAAAGAUGGAGAGGGGUCCUCUCGGGCUGUGGGUCCUCAAACGUUUUGUACAGUCCUAUAGAUGGAGUCUCUUCUUUAAGCAGCUGUUCUAAACACUUUACUAAACCUGCACUAACUGAGCAAACAGAUCCACCUUCACCAAACCAUCAGAAGUCUCUCAUGGGGAGGAACUGCUUAAGCCUAACUGAAAGAUCUCCCACAUUCCUCUAUCACACGGCUACACACAGUAAUAGUCAUCAGCAACGGCCUCUCAGUCCUCAGUCUUCCAUAGACAGUGAGCUCAGUGCCUCUGAGCUGGAGGAGGACUCCAUCUCUAUGAGCUACAAGAUUCAGGACAUGACUGAUGUGGAGGUCAUGGCCCGACUGCAGGAGGAGAGUCUACGUCAGGAGUACGCGACCACUGCUGCCACGGCCACACGGCGUAGUGCCAGUUUUUCGGUACACGCAGGUGCACGCAGAAGCAUGAGGAGUGAGGCUGACCUGGAGGAAGAGGAAGAGUACGAUCAGCUGUCCGCUCCACAGCCUCGACUCUUCCGUACGGCCUCCAUGCAGCGCAGCGUGUCCCACUCACAGAACCUCUCCAGCGUGAAAGACUGCCGGCGCAGCCCCACCACUCCUCAGUACCUCAACAGCCUGUCCUACCAGCAGCUCCACAUGUCCAACCACAGCUCCAGUCCCGCAGAGCCACAGAGUUAUAGAGCAAACACAGACAAGCUACGGAGAAGCAUGCCAAACCUCAUUCGAGCCCCCAGCACUCCCAGUGUCAUCGGCGUGGCUAAUGUUUCUGGUCACGUCGCCACAUCCUCCUCGUCUUUUUCGUUACUCCGAAACAGUCAGAGUUUUGAUUCCCACAAUGUUCUGACCAAGAUACAGUCUGCAAUUCCCCCUCCUGGCCAGUUACAGCAGAGAGUUCAGAGCGUGGGCAACUUCUCAUCGACAUCACGGCCACCUCUGAAAGCCACAGCUUACGUGAGCCCUACGAUACAGAGUUCUACCACGAUGCCUUCCUCUGUUAGUCUCAACUGUCUCUCCAGCAGUAAUAUCCCCCACCCAAGCAAACCCAGCACCUCCUCUUCCAGUCGCAGUGCUCUACCUCGACCUGCUUCCUUUGUCGGGACAAGUGGGGCCACACGCAGUAAAAUCGGCCAGCCCGUACGCAGUUUCCUGACCCCGCCGAAGAGUGUAUCAGCCCUGAGCGCCCUGCGUGACGGGAGUUGGAGGGACGGCUGCUAUUAAACUGCUCUGCACUCUGACCUUAAAUGUUUCAGGCCCAGCUGGCUGGGCACACCUGUUGCUUUUAGAUCUUAAGUGGAUGUAAAAUAACGUCAAGUGAUUCAAAGUUGAAAAAUACUGUUAAUAAAUGCAAUACAGCACCACUGCAAUAUGCCUGAUGGCUGAAACCCAGAGCAUUAUGCAUACAAGUGUUUACGUGCAAAUAAUUUGCCUAACUGCAGCACAAUUUUUUAGUCACUGAAACCAAUUUUCAAAUUACAUUAUUAAUUAGAUAUGACCAUUAAAUGAACUAUAUUGAUUUAAUACGCAUAAGUCAUUUGCUGUCUCUCAAAUAGCACUUUUACUGUUAACUUGCAUUGUUACAUUAGAUAACCAGUAGUGCCAGAGUCGUACCAGAUUGCUUUCUGUUGUGCAAGUUGCAUUACUUUUUAUAAUGUUGUCAAUUUGUUUUCCAACAUGUGGCAAGAUGAAUAUUGCAUUUGUAAAAGCAGACUAAAUGGACUGUAAAACACUGUAUUUAGAAGUACAAAUGCAGCUUCGAGUAAAUGGCAGCCAUUCCAGAUUGUAUGUUUACAUGAUGCUCAUGAUACAGAGCACUGUGGAGAAGACAUUUGCACAUCAAAUAGUAACAUUUGUUUCUCUUUUUUUAAGAAUAGGUUUAUGAUGGAAGGGAAUGGAUGUUAUGUUUCCAAUGUUGAAUAAAAGGCUUUUGAACUGAAAGUA